AUGGUUGAGUCAACAACAUCAAUAACAUCUGAACCUGCAACAUCAAUAGCUGAGUCAACAACAUCAACAACAUUUAAACCUGCAACAUCAAUAGCUGAGUCAACAUCUGAACCAGCAACAUCAACAUCUGAGUCAACAACAUCAAUAACAUCUGACCCAGCAACAUCAAUAAUUGAAUCAACAUCAAUAAAAUCUGUUCCAGCAACAUCAACAAUUGAGUCAACAAUGUUAAUAGCAUCUGAACCUGCCACAGCUGAGUCAACAACAUCUGAACCAGCAACAUCAAUAAUUGAGUCAACAUCAAUAACAUCUGUACCAGCAACAUCAGCAAUUGAGUCAACAUCAAUAACAUCUGUAUCAGCAAUCUCAACAAUUGAGUCAACAACACUAAUAACAUAUGUACCAGCAAUAUUAACAAUUGAGUCAACAUCAGUAACAUUAGUGCCAGAAAAAUCGACAGUUGUGUCAUCAACAUCAAUAAAAUCUGAACCAGCAAUAUCAACAACUGAAUCAACAACAGCUGAACCAACAAAAUCAAUAAUGGAGACACCGUCAAUAACAUAUGAACCAGCAACAUCAACAACUGAGUCAACAUCAAUAACAUCUGAAUUAGCAACAACUGAGUCAACAUCAAUACCAUUUAUUCCAGCAAUAUCAACAGGUGAAUCAACAACAUCAAUAACAUCUGAAACUGCAACAUCAAGAGCUGAGUCAACAACAUCAAUAACAUCUGAAUCAGCAACAUCAACAACUGAGUCAACAACAUCAUUAACAUCUAAACCAGCAACAUCGAUAAUGGAGUCAACAUCAAUAACAUCUGUUUCGGCAACAUCAACAAUUGAGCCAACACCAUUAUUAACAUCUGAACCUGCAACAGCUGAGUCAACAACAUCAAUAACAUCUGAACCAGCAUUAACAACAACUGAGUCAACAUCAAUAUCAUAUCUACCAGCAAUAUCAACAAUUGAGUCAGCAACAUCAAUAACAUAUGAACCAGCAACAUCAACAACUGAGUCAACAGCAUCAAUAAUAUCUCUACCAACUACAUCAACUGAGUCGUCAAUAACAUCUGAACCAGCAACUUCUACAACUGAGUCAACAACAUCAAUAACAUAUGAACCAGCAACAUCAGCAACUAAGUCAACACCAAUAACAUCUGAAUCAUCAACAACUGAGUCAACUGCAUCAAUAACGUCUAUUCCAGCAAUUUCAACAGUUGAGUCAACAACAUCAAUAACAUCUGAACCUGCAACAUCAAAAGCUGAGUCAACAACAUUAAUAAUAUCUGAACCAGCAACAUCAAUAAUUGAGUCAACAUUAAUAACAUCUGUUCCAGCAAAAUCAACAAUUGAGUCAACAACAUUAAUAGCAUCUGAACCUGCAACAGCUGACUGA